UCGAUUUCUAACAUCCUCUCCCGCCCCGACGGCGGAGCUGGGCUGGCCGGGCAGCGCAUCCGCGUCCUCGGAUGGGUCAAGACAGGGAGGGAGCAAGGGAAGGGCACAUUCGCCUUCCUGGAAGUCAACGACGGGUCUUGCCCGGCGAAUCUACAAGUAAUUGUGGAUUCCGCCAUGGCCAAUUUAGGUUCGCUGGUGGCGACGGGCGCCUCCGUCAAGGUCGAGGGUUUGCUGGUGGCGCCGCCCGUAGGUAAGAAGCAGAGGAUUGAGCUCCGACUCGAGAAGGUUCUCCACGUUGGUCCGGUUGAUCCAGCUUAUCCAAUUCCCAAAACCCAGCUCAGCCUGGAGGUCUUGAGGGAUCACAAUCACAUCCACCUCCGCCCCAGAACCAACAUGAUUUCUGCAAUCAUCCGAAUUCGCGAUGCCCUAGCUUUCGCUACGCACUCAUUUUUCCACGAGAACGAGUUUCGGCUGAUUCAUACCCCGAUUAUCACCACCAGCGACUGCGAGGGCGCUGGUGAGAUGUUCCGAGUGACGACGAUGGUUGGCGAGGCGGAGAAGCUGGAGAAAGGGGAGGUGGGAGUGGCUGCUAAACCUGGUAUCCCUCAGAAAGAUGGGAAGAAGAUUGACUAUGCUGCUGAUUUCUUUGGACGUCAGGCUUUCUUGACCGUCUCUGGUCAGUUGCAACUUGAGACUUGUGCCUGUGCGGUUGGCGAUGUGUACACAUUCGGGCCGAGUUUCAGAGCCGAACACUCUCAUACUUCGAGGCAUCUGGCUGAGUUUUGGAUGGUGGAACCCGAGAUAGUUGAUGCAGAUAUUCAGGAUGUCAUGAACUGGGCAGAGGCAUAUGUAAAGUACAUGUCCCAGUGGCUAAUUGACAAAUGCUGUGAUGACAUGGAGCUCAUGGCUGACAAAGGCUGCAUUGACCGCCUAAGAAUGGUGGCAUCGACUCCUUUUGAGCGAAUUUCAUAUACAGAAGCAGUGAAAAUCCUUGAGGAGGCUGUGAAGGGUGGUAAGAAGUUUGAUAACAAAGUCGAAUGGGGGAUUGAUCUGGCAUCCGAACAUGAGAGGUUCUUAACCGAGAAUGAGUUCCAGAAGCCGGUGAUUGUUUACAAUUACCCUAAAGGAAUCAAAGCUUUCUACAUGAGGCUCAAUGACGAUUCAAAGACAGUGGCUGCAAUGGAUGUCCUUGUACCCAAGGUAGGAGAGUUGAUUGGUGGAAGUCAGAGGGAGGAAAGAUACGAAGUUAUCAAAGAAAGGAUUCUGGAGAUGGGGCUGCCUCUGAAGCCAUAUGAGUGGUACCUUGACCUUCGUCGGUUUGGGACCGUAAAACACAGUGGGUUUGGGUUGGGAUUUGAACAAUGCUGUUGUUUGCGACCGGCAUUGACAACAUUAGAGACGUUAUUCCCUUCCCAAGAUACCCAGGAAGAGCAGAUCUGUAACUAGCUUGUUAGUUUAGAAAGAACCAGCAUGUCCAUGCAUAAGAUUUGUGUUUUCUUGUUUACAUUUGCUCAUAUUCUCUUUUCAUGAAGCUCAGCCCAC